GUCCCGCUCAACCCUUCAUUUCCUCUCUGAGUCGCCGCGCACCUCGCCGCCUCCUCCACCCCUCUCUCGCCCCUCUACUGCUCUCUCUCUCUCUCUCUCUCACUCACACCCUGUAAGCGGAGACCUCCGAGUCGGGUUUAAACUUCUACUCACACACACGACCCACCGGUGCACACCGCGCCCCUCGACCCCGGGGCCCCCGACCACAACCACCGCCUCGGUCUGAGGAAGAGGAGGGAGAGGAAGGAGCAUGGCGCCCACGGUUCUGCAGACGGGCGGCUUCAUACUGGGCGUGGUCGGCGCGGCCGCUCUCAUCGCCGCCGCCGCCAUGAACAACUGGAGCGUGAAGGACCGGCAGGGCGACGUGGUGACCUCGGUGUACACCUACAAGGGCCUGUGGCGGGACUGCGAGACCACCUCCUCCGGCCUCACCGAGUGCCGGCCCCUCUACGGCCUGCUGGGCUUCUCAGGCAUGUUCCAGGCAGUGCGGGCGCUCAUGAUCGUGGGUGUGGUCCUGAGCGUGCUCGGGGCGCUGAUCUCCGUUUUUUCCCUGAAGUGUCUCACCAUGAACAGCAUGGCCGACUCCUCCAAGGCCAAGAUGAGCCUCACCGCCGGCGUCAUGUUCAUCAUCGCUGGUGUGUGUGGCAUUGCGGGGGCGUCUAUCUAUGCCAACCAGAUCGUGGCCAGCUUCAGGCAGGCCAGCUACAACCCUAACUACGGUGGGGGAUACCAGGGGGGCAUGGGAGGAGGAAUGGGAGGAGGAAUGGGCGGAGGAAUGGGAGGAAUACCAAGGUACACCUUCGGCCCGGCGCUGUUCGUGGCCUGGAUCUCCAGCGGGGUGCUGCUGGUGGCCGGGGUGCUGAAGAGCCUGGCCUUCAAGGGGAUCAUGGACGAGAACAAGUCAAGUUACCCAGGAGUGGCCUACAAACCCAAGCCACAGAGCAAAGCGGAACACGACGAUCCAGAACCGAAGAGGGAGAUGCAUAAAUAUGUGUAAAACAAGGCCAAUGUUGAGCUUUAGGUCACUGAAAGAUGAUGCAUCCUCUAUGUUUUUAUACUCCGUUUAGCCACUUUAUUACUGGACCCCUUUUCUUUCGUCACCCGUUUCUGCACAAGAUAAUUUUUUUCAAAAUAAGAAAUGUUUUUCUAUCUUAAAUUGAUAAUUUAGCAAUAAAUUAAUUGAUAUAAUUGCCGUUUUCUUUUUAUUAAAGUUUUGACUUGUAAAUCCAAAAUAAACAAUUUGCCAAUGUUUUUUUUGUUUUGUUUUUUAAUAGCCAUCACCUUAACUGUAAGGACGGAAGACUAAUGGAGUGAACUUCUAUCUCUUCUAAACGACGUACAGCUCUGUAUACAUGCAAUACCGAGCUAUACCACUAGAGGUCAGGCGUGUGACACGCAGGUUCUAAAGUCAAAACAAGAAUUAAUACGAUUUUAAAGCGCCCCCAACCAUUUGUACCCACAAAACAUCACAACGCAACGAAAUCGGUGAAAGAUUGUUUUUAUUGUUCCAUAGCAACCACACGACUCAACCACUCAAAAACAAAAGGGCAUUGAAGAGCCUCAGUGUCUCUGCCAAGAGGAACGCUCACCGGGGGAACACACACACAUCAGACCUCACACGCCAGGACAAACUGGUUUACUGUGAGCUCGUCACUAGAGUCUGUCUCCUGGCAACAGCGCCCCCGAUCGGAGGGCCACUGAGGCCCAAUCAUGGAGGGGCCCCUAAUCACACACCUGGUGGUGAUGAAGGGGCGAGCAAUGGAACAAAACAAAGAAAAUAAGCACAAGGACUUUAAAGGUAAAAAAGGAAAAUAAAAAAGGAUGGUAA